UAAGCGGGAACGUGCCCUUCCUCCCCUCCUCUUUCGCUUCUCCUUGACGGCGGCGUCUAUAGCAGAGCGAGCUCAGAGCUAUGCCUAGGCCAGGAAUGGAGGAACGCUGGCAGUCUUCCGAAGAUUCUGGACCUGAACCUAAGGAACCUGAACAGUUAAGGAAGCUCUUUAUUGGUGGCCUGAGUUUUGAGACAACAGAUGACAGCCUGCGGGAACACUUCGAACAAUGGGGAAAGCUUACAGACUGUGUGGUUAUGAGAGACCCACAGACAAAACGCUCCAGGGGCUUUGGCUUUGUGACUUAUUCAUGUGUGGAAGAAGUUGAUGCCGCAAUGUCUGCUCGUCCACAUAAAGUUGAUGGUCGUGUUGUUGAGCCUAAAAGAGCAGUUUCCAGAGAGGAUUCAGUCAAGCCUGGUGCUCAUCUUACUGUGAAGAAAAUAUUUGUUGGUGGGAUUAAAGAGGACACAGAAGAAUACCAUUUGAGAGAUUAUUUUGAGAGCUAUGGCAAGAUUGAAACUAUUGAGGUGAUGGAAGACCGUCAGUCUGGAAAGAAAAGGGGAUUUGCUUUUGUCACUUUUGAUGAUCAUGACACGGUUGAUAAAAUUGUUGUUCAGAAAUAUCACACAAUCAACAAUCACAACUGUGAGGUUAAAAAAGCUCUUUCUAAGCAAGAGAUGCAAACUGCCACCACCCAAAGAGGACGUGGAGGAGGAGGUGGAAGCAACUUCGUGGGUAGAGGUGGAAGUUAUGGAAGCGGUGGAGGAAGCUUUGGAAGAGGCAGCGGAGGCAGUGGUGGUGGUGGUGGCGGUGGCGGCGGGUUUGGGAACAGAGGUGGUUAUGGUGGUGGUAGAGGUGGCUAUGGUGGAGGAGAUGGAUACAAUGGCUUUGGAGGAGAUGGACCUGGGAACUAUGGAGGUGGCCCUGGCUAUGGUGGCAGGGGUUAUGGAGGUAGCCCAGGAUAUGGAAACCAAGGUGGCGGCUAUGGUGGUGGUGGUAGCAGCGGUGGAUAUGAUGGCUACAACGAAGGCGGAAACUUUGGUGGUAACUACAAUGACUUUGGAAAUUAUGGAGCUCAACAGCAGUCCAGUUAUGGACCCAUGAAGGGAGGUGGCAGCUUCAGUGGAAGGAGCUCUGGUAGUGGAGGUGGUCCUUAUGGUGGUGGUUACGGAUCUAGUGGUGGUGGAGGUGGUGGUGGUGGCGGCGGCUAUGGAAGCAGAAGGUUUUGAUUCUGCAGUAGAAACAGGCUACAGUUCUUAGCAAGAGAGCGAGGAUUUGUCAGGAAAGCUGCAGGUUACUUUGAGACAGUCGUCCAUGUGCAUUAGAGGAACUGUAAAAUCUACUACAGGAGCAGCGAGGAUCCAUAGUCAGAAAAGUUACCGCAGCUUAUACAGGAGGCAAUUCUUGUUAAGGACUGGAAUAGCCACAGUUCUUUUUUUUUUUCUUCCCCCUCCCCCCCUCCACCAUCAGUGCAGCUGAUGAUUAAUGCAAUGUAGUGUUGAUUUAGAUGUACAUUCCUGAGGUCUUUAUAUCUGUUGUAGUAUGUUUCCCAUUAUCCCAUGAUGUCAGGUAUAUUGCCCUAUCCUUUGUUCUAGUGAUACCAGGAAUAAAGAAUUAAGGAAUUUUUAACUUUUAAAACAGUUUUUGUGUAGUUUAGGGACCCCUGCUUAUCGGGGUUCAGUGUUUUUUGCUCAACAAAAAUAAACUUACUUUAGUAUUUUUGAUGAGCUAGUGUCAGAUUUUUAGAAAAUCAUAGAAUGUGAACAAAAAGGUGGUGUUACCAAAUGUCCAUGUCUCUAGUGACUGAAAUCAAUAAGUCUGUGGUUGCGAUUAUGAUACAAGUGAAAUAGGUGUGAAGGGCUGCUGGGGCUUG